CGCAGAGAGAGCAAGCUCUAGGUAGAGCUAGCCCUCUCUUCCUCCAACACUUGUUUCUCCCCUCCCUUCCCCUCAAGCUAAGCCUUUGUCACUGAAUCUUUGGUCAUGCAGCACAGCUACAGAGCCAUGCACCCGUACACCCACCCCUACCAGCACCACGCCGCCUCCGCCGUUCCCCCCAGCAACAAGCAACACGGCGACGACGAUGACGACCAGUCCAUGCUCCUCCUCUCCCUCUGGCCUCCCGGCCACCACCACCACUCAUCCUACUCGGCAUGCUCCUCCCCCUCCAUCGUCUCCACCACCACCUCCAUGUCCAUGGCCGCCGCGACCGCCGCCGCUUCCAACCCUUGGCUCAGCAGCCACCACCAGAGUCACUACAACGGCGGCGGAGGGAGCAGCAGCAGCCACAGCAGCUUCCUGUUCCACGAGCAGGCGGAGCCCGACGUGAGCAUAUCGCUCUCCAUCGCCCCGCCGUGCGGCAGCGCGGGCUUCGCCACCGCCCCGGCGGCGCCGUCGACGGUGACGACGACCGUGGCGCCGGGCGGCGGCCAGCAGGUGCCCAGCCAGUACUGGAUCCCCUCCGCCGCAGAGAUCCUCGUCGGCUCCACGCAGUUCUCCUGCGCCGUCUGCAACAAGACCUUCAACCGCUUCAACAACAUGCAGAUGCACAUGUGGGGCCACGGCUCGCAGUACCGCAAGGGCUCCGAGUCCCUGCGCGGCGCGAUCACGGUGGGCACGGCGCCGCCGGCGUCGCUGAUGCGGCUGCCGUGCUACUGCUGCGCCGAGGGGUGCCGGAACAACAUCGAGCACCCGCGUGCUCGCCCCCUCAAGGACUUCCGGACGCUGCAGACGCACUACCGCCGGAAGCACGGCGCGCGGCCGUACGCGUGCCGGCGGUGCGGGAAGCGGUUCGCCGUGCGCGGCGACUGGCGCACCCACGAGAAGAACUGCGGCAGGCUCUGGUUCUGCGUCUGCGGUUCCGACUUCAAGCACAAGCGCUCGCUCAAGGACCACGUCCGCUCCUUCGGCGGGGGGCAUGCGCCGCACAUCGUCGAGUCCGUCGCCGGCGUCGGCGGCGCCGACGACGACGAGGAGGACGACGACGAACACGACGACGCCGACCUGCAGAUGGUGGACGACAACGGCGGCUCCGACAUGGUCGUCGUCUAGUCUAGCUGUUGCGCUAGAGGCUGAUAGAUGAUCUAGCAAGCCACUGUAGACAGCCGGCCGGUCACCUAGGACAAGUUCGCUGCUGCUUAUCAUCACUAUCAUUAGCUAGUUUCUUCCCUCUUAAUUAGUAAUAUUUCAUGAGUAGUAGUAGUAGUAAUCACAUGUGUGUCGAUCGAUCAGCUAGCAAGGUGUUAGUGUUAAAAAAAACAACCUUGACACCGUACUGCCCAGACAGAGAGAUGCCGAUCGAGUUCUUAGGGAGUUUGUGACGACUGUGCGUACGGUACGGUGUGUCAAGUGUCAUGGUCAUUUCUUGUACCUAUCGUGUGGUCUUUAUCUGUGCCCAAAGUUCUACCA